CUUUCUCCCAGCAGCUUCGUCUCUUUUCGAUUAGCCUCACCACACAACAACAAGAGAAACCUGAAAUUUCCCAAUCGGAGAGAUUGAGAAAAAAAAUGUCGUCGUUUUUGAAAGCGUUCAUCGAUCCAAAGAAGAACUUCCUCGCUCGUAUGCAUAUGAAAGCCAUAUCUACUCGUCUCCGCAGAUACGGUCUUAGGUACGAUGAUCUGUACGAUCAGUAUUACAGCAUGGACAUCAAAGAGGCUAUGAACAGAUUGCCCAGGGAAGUCGUCGAUGCUCGUAAUCAGCGUCUCAAGCGUGCCAUGGACCUCUCCGUGAAGCACGAGUACCUCCCCAAGGAUCUUCAGGCGAUGCAGACCCCAUUCCGUGGUUAUCUUCAGGAUAUGCUGGCCCUUGUUGAGAGGGAAAGUAAGGAACGAGAGGCCUUGGGAGCUCUACCACUAUACCAGCGCACACUCCCAUAAGCAUUCUUUUUUCCUCUUCUUCUUGUGGUCAACGCUGCUUCUCUGCAUAAAUCGCGAAAUGGAUUACAUUUAUCAUUUGGUACUCAGUUUUCGAACAAAGCUUGAAAAAGCAUAAAUCCGUGAUAGUUCUCCUAAAUGGAUAUGUUGUUAAGUUACAUUUUCCGCGUUUGGUGGCUUGAAUAAAAUCGACAACGCAACUCAAGUCUGUUUCAAUGAUUAUUAUUUUUGUGGUUUGCUUUAAUGUUCUAUUCUUCCGUUUUGUUA